GAUUUAGUGCAAUGAGAUGGGUUGUGGAGUCUCUGCCGCGACUAUUAGAGUGUUUAUGGAGCACCUGCUGCGCUACCAGCAUGUACUGUAAUAUAUCCAUCUAUCUUUGUAUUGUGCAAUGAUAUUUAUUCAUCUACCAUUACAGAAGUACAGCCAUGUGAAGCUGGCAGGCACCAAAGAUCCCCGAUCGUAUUUUCGGACAAAAACAUGGUGGUUGGGACUGACGCUCAUGUUAAUAGGCGAGUUAGGAGUUUUCACUGCCUAUGCCUACGCUCCACUGUCGCUGAUCACACCCCUCAGCGCCGUCUCCAUUGUCGCCAGCUCAAUUAUAGGGAUCAUAUUCCUACGGGACAAGUGGAAACCGAAGGAAUUUCUACCAGGAAACUACGCAUUAUCGUUCCUUGGAUGUGGGUUCACAGUGGUUGGAAUCUAUCUCCUGGUCACAUUUGGACCAAAUGCUCACGAGAAGCUUUCAGGAAGGAAUCUUAUUUCACACUUAAUGGGCUGGCCCUUUCUACUGUAUCUGCUGGUGAUGAUUAUCCUCUUCUGCCUUCUCCUGUAUUUCUACAAAAUACGAAAGAUGACCUAUCUUGGUGUAAUUAUGCUGCUGGAAGCCUUGUUGGGCUCCGUGACAAUUGUGGCAGCCAAGGGUGUGUCGGGAAUGAUCGUUCUGUCCAUCCAGGGAAAUCUACAGCUGGCCUAUCCUAUAUCGCCUAUUUCCUUCGCUCCAUAG